ACCUCCACGUCAGCCCGCUGCUGCGGUUCAUCUCAGAUAUCCUGCAGCGUGAGCGGCUCGUCUUCACCAGGACGGGAACCCACAUGUUGGACGUCUCCUCUCCUCUCCUCUCCUCUCUCUCUCAGCUCUGCCGCUCCCUUGCUCGCCCGGCUCUCCCAGAACCAACGCCGUCGUCACGGCGACACACCGACCCGGAGGAAGCAGCUCCACGUCCCGCAGCCGCCUGGGAACUCUGGGAACUCUGGGGAUGAGGUGGUGGCUGCUACUGGCCGGUCUGGGGCUGCUGGUCCAGACGGCCCCCCAUGCUGAGGCCCAGGACCCCGAGGGCCGCCGGGGGAGGAGGAACUGGGCCGGUCUCGGCCGAGCAGAAGGGGGGCGGCCCAGAGCUCUCAGGGUCCGACCCGGUCCUGGUCCAGCAGAAGGGGGACGGCCCAGACCUCUCAGGGUCCGACCCGGUCCUGGUCCAGCAGAAGGGGGGCGGCCCAGACCUCCGAGGGUCCGACCCGGUCCUGGUCCGGGGAUCCGGUCGGAGACGCACCGAGACGCUGGCUACCUGCCCGCAAACAACAACCUCUACAACGUGAUCCCAGCUAAGCAGAGCAGCUGUAUCUACCAGGGUCUGACCAUGUUCGAUCAGGCCGUCUGGUCCCCAAAGCCCUGCGUGACCUGCCGGUGCUCCGGAGGAACGGCGUCCUGCCAGGAGAUCUCCUGCCCCACAAUGCACUGCAUGUUCCCCUUCGUCCCCGCCGGGCAGUGCUGCCCCGUCUGCCACGGCUCAGACUCCCUGGACUUUUCUGGGGACUCCCCAGUCCCCGGUUACCCCAGUUACCGCGGCGACCCCGGUUACCACGGCGACACCUUGGCCCCGCUCGGCCCCCAGGAGAUCCAGGAGAUCCUCCGGAGGGAGGACGAGGAGAACCGGAGGGAGGAGGAGGAGGAGGCCCGUCUGAGGAGGAAGAGGAGGAAGCAGAGGAAGGAACAGGAGGAGAAGAGGAGGAAGAGGAGGAGGGAGGAGGAAGAGGAGGCUCUGAGGCUGCAGGCCGAGAAGGAAGAGGAGGACGAGUGGAGGAGGCAGGUGGAGGAAGAGGAGAGGAGGAGACGGGAGGAGGAGGAGAGGAGGAGACGAGAAGAGGAGGAAGACAGGAAGAAGAAAGAGAGGGAAACCAGAGAGAUGGAGCGGAAGCUGGAGGAGGAGAGGAGGAGGCAGGAGGAGCGACUGAGGGAGGAACUGCUGGGGCUGGUGGGGGAGGAAGGGGAGGAGGAAGAAGAGGAGGAGGAGGAGGUGUGGCUGAGAGGAGAUGUGUUUCAGAUGCCUCCUAAAGAACCGGAGGAACCUGAAGAACCGGACCUGGAUCUGGCCCCGGCGCCGAUCCCAAGACCUCCGUCUGGGAGGGAGGAAGAGGAGGAGGAGGAGGAAGAAGAGGGAGAACAGGAAGAAGAGGAAGAGAGGGGGAACAGGGCAGGUCUUCCUCCCGGCUGUGACAUCUCUGACGUCACGGUGACCUGUGAGAAACUCUCCCACUUCCCUCCACUGAACCUCCCGGGGCUGAAGAGUCUGAGUCUGGAAGGCAACGACAUCAGCAGCAUCCCGGCCGGGGCCUUCAACGGCAUCCCCAACCUGGAGUGGAUCAACCUGAAGAAGAACAGACUCACGUCUGAGGGAAUCCACCCCGCGGCCUUCAAGGGCCUGAAGAUGCUGCAGCGUCUGUACCUGGAUGGAAACCUGCUGGAGGUCGUUCCCUCCGACCUCCCCACGACCUUGCAGGAGCUGAAGGUCAGCGAGAACCGGCUGAGACGGGUGGAGGAAAACAGUUUCCACGGUCUGAGCAGCCUGGUGACGCUGGAGCUGGAGGGGAAUCUGCUCAGCGAGGCCACGGUGGACCCGCGGGCCUUCGCCCCGCUCAGCCAGCUGUCUUACCUCCGUCUGGGCCGGAACCACUUCAGAACCGUCCCCCAGGGCCUCCCCGAGUCUCUGCUGGAGGUUUAUCUGGAGAACAACCUCAUCGAGGAAGUGUCCGACGCCGUCUUCAACCACACCCUCAACCUGAACGUGGUUUCUCUCCGACACAACAAGCUGGACGAGACCAGGAUCUCCCACCUGGCCUGGAUCAGCCACAGGAGCCUGGAGUCCAUCGACCUUUCACACAACCAGUUCUAUCUGGUUCCGUCCUUCCUGCCCAGAUCUCUGGUGCACUUGGUGCUGGUGGGAAACAACAUCGAGAGGAUUCCCGGUUACGUGUUUGCCCACAUGCACCCGGGGCUGGAGUACCUGUACCUGUCCUUCAACAAGCUGGACGGGGAGGGGGUGGAAUCCGAGUCGUUCUUCGGGGCCUAUAACUCCAUGGUGGAACUGUGUCUGGACCACAACCAGCUGCUCAACGUUCCUGCUGGGAUCAACGAGAUGACCAACCUGCACUUCCUCCGACUGGACAGCAACAGGAUCCGGAGCGUCCCGGACCAGGGCGUGUGCGACCCGGCUCGGUCCGGCGACGCCCCGCUGGUGGCGCUGAGGCUGGAGAACAACUACCUCGACCCGGACCGGAUCUCGCCCAGCGCCUUCUCCUGCGUCCGCUCGUCCUCCAGCGUCGUGCUGAAGCCCCAGAGGUCCAAGUGAGCGGUACCGGUACCAGGACCGGUACCGGUACCGCUCGUCCUCCAGCGUCGUGCUGAAGCCCCAGAGGUCCAAGUGAGCGGUACCGGUACCGGUACAGGCAGCCCAGAACCAGGCGUGUUGAGCCGCAUUUUGUAAUAAUCGUCCAAAAUGUAUUAACUUCAACUCUCUUUUCAUUUUGUAAUAAACUGCCCUAUUUUGUAAUACAUUUUGUUAUUGCAUUUUGAGAAGAUUAUAAUAAAAUGCACUUGAAACUUUUUUACUUUCUAGGAAAUGUAAUAACAUGGUGCAUUAUGUAAUAAUACCUAUUAUUGUUGAAUUUAUACAAGAGUGACUUUUGUUGUUUUUUUAUGCAAUUUCCCUCAGAGCUAUGUAGUAGGGCUGGGCGAUAUUGGACAAAAAUAAAAUCCCGAUUUUUUUCUCUGAAAACCUGAUUUUCGAUUUCGAUUUUUUUGGUAAAACUACAAAAGACAAUGGAAUAAAUUGUUUCAAAUAUUUUAUCUUUAUUUUUAAAGAAAAAAUAGCAAACAAAUUUCCCUAUUGGGAAUGAAGUGUAAUUGAAAGAUACUGUAAAUCCUCCUUGAGUUUAGUAAAGUGACAACAUUUACAAUUUUCUUGACCAAACAAAAACUAGACGAGCUCUGUCUGUAAUGCAGCUGCAAAACAGGAAAAUCCAUUUUCCAAUUUUCCUUUUUUUAACAUCGAUUGUGAUUAAUAAAUCCGAUUUAGAUUUAAAAUCGAUUAAUCGCACAGCCCUACUAUGUAGCCCAAUAAAUCUAUGUAUAAAACUCCAAAUAUAAUUUAGUAUAAAUUAGUUGCCUAUUUGAAGUUUGGAAUUAUAUAGGCCAAUAACAAACAAACUAUGCUUUAGAAUUGUUAUUACAUAAUGCACCAUGUUAUUACAUUUCUAGAGAAUAAAAAAGUUGCAAGUGCAUUUUGUAAUAAUCUUCUCAAAAUGUAAUAACAGUUUAUAACAAAAUGAAAUGACAAAGUUAUUACAUUUUGGACGUUUAUUAGAAAAUGCAGCACCACCAGACCUGGUUCCCCCUGGUUCUGGUUCUGAGCAACACAAGAAUGUAAACCCCGUCCUGAUCUCCCUCCGGCGCCGGAACAUGAUUAGAAAACAAGGUUCUGCUGAGCCCCGACCCGGCACAGUACCACACAGGUACUGCUGUAGCUCCAGGAGGAGGUUCUGGCCCGGUUCUGGCCCGGGACUCACUGGGACCGCAGCUUUACCAGCAGUGACUCAUGCUCUCUCUCUCUCUCUCUCUCACAUUACUGUGGGUUCGGCGCCGCGGCCCGCGUGAGAGACGGGUCGGACAGAACCUCAGAAAUCAAACACAUCUGUCUGUGUUUCUGUCAGACGGAAAGAAUCCCGGCGGCCCGGUUCUGGGAGGAGAAGGAACCAAUAAAGAGAUGGAAAGAAUUCCUCUGCACCGGCACCGCAGAUGAUUCUACAAGCUCAGCAGGACCCGGUCGCCCCGCCGCCGUUAGCUCUGUUAGCAACGUUAGCUUCACACGCUCCUGCGGGCGGGCCGAGCCCGGGACCGGUACCGGCACCUCCAAGGGGGCGUGGCCUCUGAAACACGCCUCAGUGGGGGUGUGGCCUCAGAAACACGUGGGGGCGUGACCUAAGAAACAAAGUCUCCAUGGGGGCGUGGCUUCAGAAACACGUCUCUGUGGGGGCAUGGCCUCAGAAACACAACUCCCUAUGGGGGCGUGGCCUCAGAAACACACCUCAAUAUGGGGCGUGGCCUCAGGAACACGCACACAUGGGGGCGUGGCCUCACAAACAAAGUCUCCAUGGGGGCGUGGCUUCAGAAACACGUCUCUGUGGGGGCAUGGCCUCAGAAACACAACUCCCUAUGGGGGCGUGGCCUCAGAAACACACCUCAAUAUGGGGCGUGGCCUCAGGAACACGCCCACAUGGGGGCGUGGCCUCAAACAAAGUCUACGUGGGGGCGUGGCCUCAGAAACACACCUCUGUGGGGGCGUGGCCUCGGAAACACACCUCCCUAUGGGGCGUGGCCUCGGAAACACACCUCCCUAUGGGGGCGUGGCCUCGGAAACACACCUCCCUAUGGGGGCGUGGCCUCGGAAACACACCUCCAUAUGGGGGCGUGGCCUCAGGAACACGCACACAUGGGGGCGUGGCCUCACAAACAAAGUCUCCGUGGGGGCGUGGCCUCAGAAACCCAUAUACCCCUACAGAGAUCUGGGGCCCCUACAGAGAUCCGGGGCCCCUGUAGACAUCCAUAUACCCCUAAAGAGAUCCAUAUACCCCUAAAGAGAUCCAUAUACCCCUAAAGAGAUCCAUAUACCCCUGUAGAGAUUCGGGGUUCCUACAGAGAUCCGCGGCCCCUACAGAGAUCCAUAUACCCCUGUAGAGAUUCGGGGCCUCUACAGACAUCCGGGGCCCCUACAGAGAUCCAUAUACCCCUACAGAGAUCCGGGGCCCCUACAGAGAUCCAUAUACCCCUGUAGAGAUUUGGGGCCUCUACAGACAUCCGGGGCCCCUACAGAGAUCCAUAUACCCCCACAGAGAGCCGGGGCCCCUACAGAGAUCCAUAUACCCCCACAGAGGUCCGGGGCCCCUACAGAGAUCCGGGGCCCUGAUCGUGUGAAGCUAGCGGCGCAACGGCGUCGGCACCGACAGACUCCCGCGUUGCGUUUAUUUAACCUGAAUUAUUAGAAUAUUAUUUUGGUUUACUUUUCUUUCGGCCGGCCAACACGCCUAAAUACGAAACCCGCUAACGGGAGUUACGAUAUUCUUAUUUCAGCUAUUCGUACGAUCACCUUCACGUAUAAACAACAAACGGCCCGGGCUUCAGUAUUUCCUCAGCGACGCUAGUUACCUCACGCUCAGCAGUUUAGUUCGGGAUUCUUCCCCUCGGAAAUUAUCGGAUUAGAAAAACAGCAGGAAAUGUGUCGUAAAUUCAGAAGAUCGGACCAGAAACAUCUUUAAAAAUCCAGAAUUUCCUCCUUCGGCGCCAAAACGUCCCGUCUGCUUUUGUCCUCCACAUAUUUACUGUGGAGUGUUUUUCAUGUUCAGCUGGUUUCUGGAUCUUUGUCGUCGUCUUGCUUUGAUGUUUUUGCUCGUUUUGUACCAAGAUCCGUCUCAUCCCGCCAAUAAAGACUUUAUGACAUCA